AUGUAUUAUCCAUACGCUUUAGAAAAUUCAGAUUACAUUUCAGAUAUUGUUUCAGAUUAAGAUAUUGAUUUAUAUGAAGAUCAAUAUCCAAUCGAAUCCUAAGAUAGUCAAUAAGUUUCAUUCGAAUAAAAAUCGAACGAAGAUAAGGAUGAUGAGGAAGAGGUAGAUGUAAUUGAUCAAAGCAGAAUUUUUAAUUUAGCAGAAGUCAAAGUAUUUUUGGAUGAAGUUAUUUGUCCAAUUUGUUGUCAUAUAAUAAUAUCUCCAAAGAUUUGUAAAGAAUGUGAUCAAAGUUAUUGUGGUAAAUGCAUACAAACAUGGUACUUUGAUUUGUUCAAUAUUUUAGGUUUGAAAAAAGUGCCAAUUAAUAGUGUCCAUGUUGUAGAGUGGGUUUGAAUUAUAAAAGCAAAUAUCUUCAUAAUCAGGGAAUAAUGGAUGAUAAAGUACCAAAAGUACUUCUUAAAUUAUUAAGUAAAUUGCUUCUAACUUGCAAAUAUAAGGUAUUUUAUUUUUAAAUAGUUAGUAAGAAGGAUGUGAAGAAAUAAUAACUUAUGAUUUUCGCGAAAAGCAUGAAAACCAUUAUUGUUAGUAUUAAGAAUAAGUUUGUUAAAAUAUUGGCUGUUAUGAAACUAUGUUCCGUAAAGAUCUUGAAGAUCAUCAUCUAGAAUGUAAAUAUGGUAGAGUUCAAUGUAAAUAUUGUUCAAAGGAUUAAUUGAGAAUGGAUAUUGAAUUACAUGUAUAUAUCAGACCUAAAUUUAGUUACAAGAAUGUGAUUGUAGACCAAUAUAAUGUGACUGGUGUAAAUAAAAACAUUAAGCUAUCGAUUUUGAUGAGCAUGUUGAAUAAUGUGAAUUUAAGGAUAUUCUUUGUUAAUAUUGUCACAAGAAAUACAAAAGAUAUGAAAUGAAAUCUCAUACACCAAUAUCUUGUCUAAAAAGUUUGCUUGAGAAUUCUCUUGAAUUAAAUAAAUAAAAAGACCAAAAGAUUUUGGAAUUGCAAAAAUAAAUAGAGUAAUUGAGAUCAAACAAACUCAUGGAAUAAUCUGAUUUAAAUUAAUCAACCAAUGAAGUCUUGAGUGAGAAAUAUAAAUAAGAUUUUGAAGAGGAUGUUGAAGAAGUCAUAGAGGAAGAUAUUUAAAUAGAAGAAAGUGAUUAAGAAGAAUAAAAAGAGCCUAGUAAUUAAGAAUAUAAUGAUAACAGUUAAGGCUGUUUACAUUCUCAAUCUAUCUCUAAUAACGAAAACUAAUCUUAAAAGGAUGAAUAACUCGAUUUAGAAGAAAUACCAUCGAUUCAGGAAAUCAAAAUGAGAGGUUUAUAUACUUAAUUCUUAGAAAGAUUGACUGACACUAAAUUCAAAGAUCUUUGGGAUUGGUCUGAAGAUGAAUUAAAUCAAGUUAUUGAUUGGCUUAAAUGAAAUGCA